AUGGCUACGGAAAGUGGGAAUUCUGACGGUUCUCCUCAUCCGAAUGUGAUUGGGAUUGCAUUUGCUCAACAAUACUACAGAAUUCUGAAUUCGUCACCAGAAUGUGUCCACAAGUUCUAUCAUGAUGAAAGUACUCUUGGUCGACCAGAUUCUGAUGGUACAUUGACAACUGUAACAACUACAGAUGCUAUCAAUGAAUACUUCUUAUCUACAGAACUGAAGGACUGUUUGAUAGAGUUGGAGAACAUAGAUACUCAGCCAUCCCUGGCGGGUGGUGUGUUCAUUGUGGUUACUGGAUUUUUUACAAUGCCUGAUACUGUGAAGCAUAGAUUUACUCAGUCAUUCUUCCUUGCUCCACAAGAAACUGGAGGCUAUUAUGUUUUGAAUGACGUGCUUCGAUAUGUGCGGGAGAUGCCAUCCCCUGAGACAAAUGAAGCUUUUGUUGACCAUUCUAAUGGAAACACUCAGAUUGCCCCCUUUCCAGCUGAGCCAGAAACAUCUAUCAAGGAGAGCUUGGACCCAGAGCUUCCGUCUGCAGAGAGUGUUCCUGUCAACUGUGAAGUCAUAAAUCCAUCUGCAGAGACUACUUAUGUGGAUGUUGAAAUCAUAAAUCCAUCUUCAGAGAAUAUUGCUGUGAAUGAUGAAGUCAUGGAUCCAUCUGUAGAGAGUAUUUUUGUCAACGACAAAGUCAAAACUUCAGUUGGAAAUCAAAAUUCUCAGAUUAAGAAUGGUAUUACUAAGAUACCUGAGGCAGCCCCUGCUCCUCCUGCUUCAGCUCAUAAGGAUGUUAUCAAGAAGUCUUAUGCGUCGAUUGUCAAGACCAAGAAUGAGAGCACACAGCCUGCACCAGUUACCAAGCCCAUACCUAGACCAAAACCUACAACAAAGAGAGCUGAAAAUGUAGAAAAUUCUUCAUCUGUUCCUGCAAAAACUACCCAUGCAGCUGAUACCGCGCCUCCAAAUGACAGAAAUAUUUUUGAUGACCAAGGGUAUUCAAUCUUUGUGAAGAACUUGCCUUUGGAUGCAACUGUUGAAAUUGUUGAGGCUGAGUUCAGGAAGUUUGGUGCUAUCAAGCCUUGCGGUAUCCAAGUUAUACACCGUGAGUCUGAGGGGUUCAGCUUUGGCUUCGUUGAAUUUGAGUCUCAACAAUCCAUGUAUGCUGCAAUUGAGGUUUCGAAAAUUCGCUUUGGCUCGUACGUGUCUGUUGUUCAGGAGAAACGAACCCCAAGACGAGUUAUUAAUUAUGCCACCCAUAGCAACAACAAUGACAAUCCUCGGGACAGUCGGGUCCUGCCAGGCAGAGGACUUUUUGUGAACAAUGGCAGCAACCGUGAUGGCGACAACUUCAAGGGACAGGGAGCAGGUUUUGUGAACAAUGGCAACAACCGUGAUGGCGACAACUUCAGGGGUCAGGGAGCGAACUUUGUGAACAAUAAUAAGUACCAUCAUGGUGAAAACUUCAGAGGACGCUUCGUGAACAACGACAACCACCGUGAUGGCAAUGACAUGAGGAAUGAAUCCAGAAAUCAGAAUGAGUACCCGGGCCGUGGUCGAGGAUUGCAGGGGAACGAUUACCGUCAGAACGGGAAUGACUACCGUCAAAACAGGAACGGAUACAGUCCGAACAGGGGUGGCUACAACCAGAACAGGGACGGCGGCUACAACCAGAACAGGGAAGGCGGCCAGAACAGGGAAGGCGGCUACAACCAGAACAGGGAAGGCGGCUACAACCAGAACAGGGACGGUGGCUACAACCAGAACAGGGACAGCUACCGCCAGAACGGGGCUGGCUACCGUCAGAAUGGGAACGGAUACCAUCAGGCACGACCAUUCUACAAUGACAAUGGGAAUGGGAGGUCUGGCCGCUUCAAUGGUACCAAGCAAAUACCUGUUGCUGCAUAG